UCCAGUUGCGACGGUAGAGGAGAGAGAGUGCAUCGAUCAUCGCGACUGGGGGCAGCGGGAAAUGACAGUGCAGGUGGUACGCGAUUUAGGAGGAGGGAUGGUGAGCAUGCCAGCUAUGUCUGCUGGCACGACAGGAAGAUACUAUGUUGAGGCUAUGGUGGAGACGAAUGGCGGGAUCAUGACAUGGACGAGACAGGUGUCAAGUGUGCGUGCAAUUUGCAAUGGACAGACGACGAGGGCAGCGAGCGCGGCCAUCAUGGGGGCCAAAGGAAGCAUCAAGAGUGAUGUUGGCGAGAGGUGUUAUCGGCUGUGGGAGACCUCCCCCCACUUCGUCCCGAGCCCUGGAUCCGUAGAUGCAGCUGACGUGGCGGCUGAUGUCUCGCCGAGGGUGUUCGGGAUCGGGUCACUGAGGAAUCAAGUGGGGCGGCGGAGAUUUAUGCGGAGGAUGGGUGAGGUACGGGCCUUGGCAUCAUGCUCCUUGAGUGGCCAGCGGGGAACUGCCGCCUGGAGAGCGGGGGGAAAUGGGGAAUGGGGGGGGGGGAAGGGGAUUCAGCGCCCGUCAGCAGCGGGGCACUGUCAUUGGGGAAUGGCGGGAAAUGUGGGAACUGGGAAGAUGGCCAGAGGGGCGCGCAUGUGCCGGCGGAAAGCGGUCGCAAACGGGAUUUGCCUAGAAUGUGGUGUUUUGGGGGGUCAGGUUGAGGUCGAGGGGGAGUAUGUAGGAAGGGAAAGGCUGGGGAAUCCGAUCAGGCUGCGCCAGGGCGGCGGGGUGGGUUGGGGCGUGCGCAUGCGCAUGUGCAGAGCGCAUGGUUCGCGAGAGAACGAAGCGCCGCAGGCGGAGAUCGGCGAUUCCGCCGCUGGCGCAGCCGGCCCAUUGUUGUCGGCAUCGACUGCGGUACCGACAUCAUCAGCAUCGGGUUUGGGAGCGGAAGACGGGCGGAAACUCGGAGUGUUGCGCGUAGGCGUGAUCUGCGGAGGGGCUUCGGAGGAGCGCGGCAUUUCUCUGAAUUCCGCGCGAUCGGUGCUCGAUCACUUACGGGUUCGAGAGUCGGCAGCCAUGUCCGACAUUGCCAACGACCGGGACGACUCCACGUUCCUACUGGUUUUCAUCCUGCUCCAGUGGAUGAACCGGAGGACGUGGUGGCCAUGGCCGUGCCCCAGGCAGCCGCUGCGUUGCCGGUGGGGGACUGGCGGUUUCUACAGGCAGACAGCUCAUGGUUUGGGGCUGGGUUUGAUGAGUGCCAUGAGGAGCAAUGAGGAUGUCACGGAUGUGCUCAUCAAUGGGUAUGGACAUUUGCUUCAGUUCCCCACCGGCGACAAGUUGCAAGAGACUUUGGACGUGUUUGAGAGGAAGGGUUUCACUGGGUGUGUAGGAGCAAUCAACUGCACACACGUGUACAUUGAGAAACCUAGGAACGAGCGUGGAGAGUGCUAUUACGACAGGAAUGACCAAUUCUCUGUAGUCGUGCAUGUCGUGUGCGACCAUGAGUGUCAAAUUGUCAGUGUCUAUGUCGGUUGCCCGGGCUCCGUCCAGGGUAGCCUCGUGCUCCGAACGUCUCCUUUGUAUCGAAAGGCACAACAGCAGAGUGGGGUUCUUGGGAUGGGUGCGGAGGUGCUGCCUGAUGGACGUGCGGUCGGUAGGUAUCUGCUGGCGGAUGCGGGAUACCCGAACUUGCCAUGGCUGAUGACUCCCGUCAGUGGGACAAGUAGUACACCUGUGGAGCAGGUUACGACGAUUGCCACACGUCGGCAAGGUCGUGCAUCGAGCAAACUUUCGGUAGAUUGAAGGCCAUGUGGCGGCAUUUCAUCAGGAGGCAGAUUUGCAACAUGCGUACACUCCGGAAAGA